AUGACGACGAUGUUGGAUCUUCCAGAGGAAUUGAUAGAUGAUAUUUUCUCUAGGGUUCCCUCAGAAUCUGUGAGAGCAGCACGAUCAACGUGCAAAGCUUGGAACGGUUUAUUUUAUUCGAUGGUUUGCAAAGAAGAUGGAACAUAAUGUUAAAGUAACAUCGGAAGAAGGGAGUCAGGUGAGUCUAGGAUGAUCAUGAUAAUGGAUCAUAAUGUUUAUCUAAAGAGCAUUGUAGUCAACGAGAACCCAUCAAUAAAGCGUCUAGGUAAACUCACUUGUCUAACCCACGGACAAGUCAAGAUAUCUCAAGUCUUUCACUGCGAUGGUUUGUUACUAUGCAUCUUAAAAGAUGACAAGAGACUUUUGGUUUGGAACCCUUGUCUGGGACAAACAAGGUGGAUCGAAAAAGGACGACAUGCUGACGUACGUGCCAAGUACAAGUACGCUAUCGGGUACGGGUACGAGGAAGAUUCUUGUCGUCGACACUACAAAAUCUUGAGGUUUAUAGUUCCUAAAAUCCGAGAAGACUUUUUAAUGGGUUUAGAGAAUGAGAUUCGGAGGGCUUCUUAUCGGUUUAAACAACUCGUGAUUCUGUCUUGUGUGAGAGAUGAGAAGCUUUCGGUUUUACUUCAGUCUUGGGAAUCACUUGUGGUUGAUAUAUGGAUCAGUGAUAAGAUUGAUGAACAAAAGGUGUUGUGGAGCAAGUUCUUGAGAGUGUAUACAUUCACUAGCUUGGUCAGUAAGAUAUCAGAUGGGCGUUUCUUUGUUGAAGAGGAGAAGAAACUCGCAAUGAUUUUUGGUAAAGACGGAGACAAAAAAUUAGACACAGUGAGGAUGAAGACUUUAGAGAAUUGGAUCUUGGAGAGUCUUCAGACAAAGAGUGUUGGCCACUUGUGUGCCCUUAUGUUCCAACAUAAGCUUGAAAGUGGAUUGGGGUACAAAGGUGUGGUGGAGCAAGUUCUUGAGAGUGGACAUGGGACCAUUCAAGGAGAAGAAAGUUGCAAUUGGUUUUCAGUAAAGACUAAAGACAGAAAUGAAAGAUCAGACACAAUAAAAGUCUUUGGAGAGGAUGGAUAUUUUAGAGAAUUGGAUCUUGGAGAACCUUCUGACAAAGAGUGUUGGCCACUUGUGUGCCCUUAUGUUCCAAGUUUCGUGCAAAUCAAGACACACAAAAGCUAUUCAGAGAAGCGUCGAUAUGAUAAUAAGCGAAUCAAACACAAGAAUAAAUGAUCAUAUGAACAAGAUUUUUAGUUUAUUUUCAAACAGAGAACUAUAUUAUGUAUGUUGUUUG